GCUUUUUUCUUUGAUGUUUUAUACAAGAUAGAAAACAUUUCAAAUAAAUCCUCAAUAAAGAUACAUCCUGUACCAGGCAUUUGAUAUAACAUUUCGUUUUGUUUUUCUAUCAAGCUUCAUAUUUAACACGAUAAGUUACUACCUCAGAAACUGGUAAACACAAAUUAUCAUUAGUACGAUUGAAGCUUUCAUUCCGUACAAAGUAUUUAGUAAUGUCUGGAACUAAAGAGAAAAGUUCUGUUAGUCCAGAAGAACAACCUUUUGAUGAAAAGAAAGAAAUUAAGAAUAAAUUUGAAGAUAAGACUUUUUUUGAAAAAUUAUGUGCCAUAAAAUCGAAUAUUACAGUGGAGCCAAUCCUGGCUGGACUGAUUAUACCAUCAACAUUGUCUCGUCUUGCAGUUCAAAAUUUAAAUCUGGAUAAAAGUUGUCGAGUCAAGCUUAACUUUGGUGAUGAAAUUUGUGAUGCAUUACUACAACGGAAUGGUAACCUAACUUAUUAUGAAGGUGAAGUACAAAAAGUCAUAUCCUCUAUAGAAGCAUGGAAGAGCAUCAUACAGACUGCUAUACCAACAUUAUUAGUAAUAUUUAUGGGUGCGUGGAGUGAUAGAACUGGUAAUCGAAAAUUGUGCAUACUUUUACCGAUUUUUGGAGAAUUCCUCGUCUGCAUUAGUAAUAUUAUUAGCACGUUUUUCUUCUAUCAAGUUUCCGUUGAAGUGACGAUGUUUCUCGAAGCUUUGUUUCCAGCUGUAACAGGCGGAUGGGUGAUGGUAUACUUGGGCGUGUUUAGUUAUAUAAGUGAUAUCACCAGUGAAGAAUCCAGAACGUUUAGAGUUGGACUUGCCAACUUGUGCAUGACAGCCGGUAUUCCUAUAGGAACAGCGCUUAGUGGGAUAUUACUCAAAGUACUUGGAUAUUAUGGAAUCUUUGCGAUAGCUGCGUCUAUAUAUGUAAUUACCUUAUCUUAUGGAUUAUUUUACCUGAAGAAAAAUUCUAAGCCAAGUUCCGAAGAAAACGAAGAGACGAAGUCUGUGACAAUAUCAGAACUUGCUACAUUAGUAAAAGAAACAGUAUUAGUUGCUUUUAAGAAACGAGAUGGUAAAACAAGAAAGAAAAUUCUCAUUACUUUAUUGACAGUUGCUAUUGUUUAUGGACCUAAUCAUGGUGAAAGAAUUAUAACGUAUAUGUUUGUGAGAUAUCGUUUAAAAUGGGACGCUGUUAAGUAUAGUCUUUAUUCAACAUACAGUAUCAUCACGCAUUCGCUAGGAGCACUAUUUUCAAUAACCGUCUUCAGUAAGCGAUGGGGUUUUCAUGACUCUUUGCUAUGUCUGAUAUCUAUAACUAGUAAGUUGGCUGGCUCUGUGUUUAUUGCUUUCGUCAGAACUGACUUCGAAAUGUUUAUGGUGCCCAUAGUGGAGAUAUUGAAUGCGUUAACUUUUACGUCACUAAGAUCGAUGAUAUCAAAAUUGGUGUUAAACGAGGAAGUUGGAAAAAUGAACUCCUUAUUCAGUUUGGUGGAGACACUCGCGGCUUUGGUCUUCGAUCCGACGUAUUCCACUCUGUAUGCCAAAACGAUACCAAUAUUUGCGGGUACAGUUUACAUAUUCAGCGCUGUCAUGACUCUACCACCGAUCUCAAUGUUAAUUUGGUUGUUCACCCAACACCGAAGAGAUAGAAGACUUAAAAGAAUGCAAGCUACAUCCUGUGAUAUUAUGCAGCCUACGAAUGAAAAAAUAAAAUCUUAAUGGUACCCGGACUUAACUUUAUCUUAUAAAUAUUUGUUACUAUCUUCAGAGUAUUUGUAAGGUCAUGUUAUUUUAGACCUAUUUUUUCCUUGUGAAAGGAGUAAGUAUUGUUUAAUGCCAUCAUUUUUUGAAAUUAAGAAAUAUUAAUUAAUAAUGUCUUAAAUUUUUAUAGUACUAAAACGAAAUUGAAAUUAUAAACACUCAUCUGUAGUAGAUACCAAUUUUGAAACUUUACAACUGUAUUUAUGAAAUGAAUUUGAUUUCUUAAAGUAAAAUAAAUCUUAAUUCAAUAGUAUUUACUCCGAAAUUGUUAACUAAUGUGUAAACUAAUGUGUACUAGUUUUGCAUGACAGUUGUAAGAUUGGCUUUUGAAUUGCGUGUAGGUUAAAUAACUAUAAAAUGAGUAUCGAGAUAUUAUAAUGAGUAUAUUGUGAGUACAUAGGAUGAUUUGAUAAGAAAAUUAGAUCUUUAAGGACGCAGCCUGUGUUUUAAUUAAAAUUAAAUUAAUUAUAGACAUGGCCGAAAAAUGGCCAUCUACAAAAAAGAAGUAAAAAU